UCGACACAUCCGACAGGUGACUGCAAGUCUGUUAUUAAGUCAUUUGAGACAUUUACAGCUAAAUAUGAUUAAAGCUAUUUUAAUAUUUAACAACCAUGGGAAACCACGACUCAUCAGAUUUUAUGAAUAUUUUGCUGAAGAUGUGCAGCAGCAGAUCAUUCGAGAGACUUUCCAUCUGGUGUCGAAGAGGGACGACAACGUCUGCAACUUCUUGGAGGGGGGAAGUUUGAUCGGUGGCUCGGACUACAAGUUGAUCUACCGGCACUACGCAACACUGUACUUUGUGUUCUGUGUGGACUCCUCUGAGAGUGAGCUUGGUAUUCUGGAUCUAAUACAGGUGUUCGUGGAAACUCUGGACAAAUGCUUUGAGAACGUCUGUGAACUGGACCUCAUUUUCCACAUGGAUAAGGUCCACUUCAUCCUCCAGGAGGUGGUGAUGGGGAUGGUGCUGGAAACCAACAUGAAUGAGAUCGUGGGCCAGGUAGAGCUGCAGAACCGCAUGGAGAAAUCAGAGGGGCUUCUCUGCAGCGCGGCGCGGGCUGUCUCCGCCGUCAAGAACAUCAACCUCCCAGAAAUGCCUCGCAACAUCAACAUCGGAGACAUCAAUAUCAAAGUGCCCAGCCUCUCUCCCUUCUGACCAGGGAGCGGAGCAGGGCCUAGGCCCAAACGGCACCCUAUUCCCCAUAUAGUGCACUACUUUAGACCAGAGCCCUAUUGCACCCUAUAUAGUGCACUACUUUAGACCAGAGCCCUAUGGCACCCUAUUCCCUAUAUAGUGCACUACUUUAGACCAGAGCCCUAUGGCACCCUAUUCCCUAUGUAGUGCACUACUUUUAACCAGAGCCCUAUGGGGGCUUCUGCCCUUCUGAUCUAAAGUAGUGCACUACACUAUAUAUCAGUGCACCAUAAGAUGUGAGACACACUAUAUGACAUAUACAGUAUGUCUUCCUAUGGGCCCUGGUCAAAAAUAGUGCACUAUAUAGGGAAUAGGGUGUAUAGGUAGUGCACUAUAUAUGGAAUAGGGUGUAUACGUAGUGCACUAUAUAGGGAAUAGGGUGUAUAUGUAGUGCACUAUAUAUGGAAUAGGGUCUAUAGGUAGUGCACUAUAUAUGGAAUAGGGUGUUUAGGUAGUGCACUAUAUAUGAAAUAGGGUGUAUAGGUAGUGCACUAUAUAGAUAAUAGGGUGUAUAGGUAGUGCACUAUAUAGAUAAUAGGUGUAUAGGCAGUGCACUAUAUAGAUAAUAGGGUGUUUAGGUAGUGCACUAUAUAGAUAAUAGGGUGUAUAGGCAGUGCACUAUAUAUGAAAUAGGGUGUAUAGGUAGUGCACUAUAUAGGGAAUAGGUUGUUUCAGUAGUGCACUAUAUAUGGAAUAGGGUGUAUACGUAGUGCACUAUAUAUGGAAUAGGGUGUAUAGGUAGUGCACUAUAUAGGGAAUAGGUUGUUUCAGUAGUGCACUAUAUAUGGAAUAGGGUGUAUACGUAGUGCACUAUAUAUGGAAUAGGGUGUAUACGUAGUGCACUAUAUAUGGAAUAGGGUGUAUACGUAGUGCACCAUAUAGGGAAUAGGGUGUAUAGGCAGUGCACUAUAUUGGGUAUAUAGGUAGUGCACUAUAUAGGGAAUAGGGUGUAUAGGUAUUGCACUAUAUAUGGAAUAGGGUGUAUAGGUAGUGCAAUAUAUAGGGUCUAUAGGUAGUGCACUAUAUAUGGAAUAGGGUGUUUAGGUAGUGCACUAUAUAGGGAAUAGGGUGUUUAGGUAGUGCACUUCUAUAGACCAGAGCCCUAUGGCACCCUAUAUAGUGCACUACUUUGACCAGAGCCCUAUGGCACCCUAUUCCCUAUAUAGUGCACUACUUUUAACAUUUACAUUACAUUUACAUUUAAGUCAUUUAGCAGACGCUCUUAUCCAGAGCGACUUACAAAUUGGUGAAUUCACCUUCUGACAUCCAGUGGAACAGCCACUUUACAAUAGUGCAUCUAAAUCA